AUGCAGCUCUCACUUUCCAACAGCCUCGUCUUCCUUGGCCUGCUGGGCAUCAGCUCAGCAGCUCCCGCAGGCCAGGACAUUGACCCGGUCACGCUCCCCGGCGAGCUCCCGCCCACCUGCAUCGGUCACAAGUGCUUCACGGCGACCACCACCAAGACAGUCUCCCCAACCAUCUGCCCGCUUGCCCUAUGCGUCCCGCCCACCAGCCCCAUCGCCUGCCCCGCCAUCAUCCACAUAACGACCACCAAGGUGCCGUGCAGCACCGACUGCUGCCCCACCACACCGACGGCGACGGUGGUCGCGACGGGGGACUGCCCCGGCUGCACCGCCAGCUGUGUCAUCCCCACGUCGACGAGCACCGUCACGACCGGGUGCAAGACCACGCCCGACGUGGUUCGCCCGACGGGAGUUUAG